UGGGCGGCACGGCGGGCUCCGGGCGAUGGAGGCGGCGGUCGGGCGGGCGCUGCUGGCCGCCGUGGGGCUGCUGUCGGCCCUCAGCGCGGCGGGCACGCUGUUCCUGCUGGCGCAGUGGCGGGAGCUGGGCGCGGCGCUGCGGGAGCUGGAGGCGGCGGGGAACGGCUCCGUGAGGGGCCUGCCCGGGCCCGGGCCCGCGCCCGCCGCCCGCACCAAGCGCAGCCGCCGAGGGGAGCGAGCCCGCGGCACCGUCCGGGCCGACAGCGACGAGAUGCUGAUGAUGCUGACCUACUCCAUGGUGCCGGUCCGAGUGAUGGUGGAUUUGUGUAACAGCACGAAAGGGAUAUGCUUGACAGGCCCCCCAGGYCCCCCAGGGCCUCCUGGACGGGAUGGACUGCCUGGCUACAAUGGAUCAGAUGGAGUCCCAGGCAUCCCAGGACAAAAGGGAGAGCCAGGAAUAAAUGGAAAAAGAGGAAAAAUAGGUGUGCCAGGACCAAAGGGUGAUCCAGGACAGAAAGGAGAACCAGGAGAAAUGGGUUUACCUGGCAAGGAUGGUAUGCCAGGAGGAAAAGGUGCAAGAGGAGCCAAGGGAGAAAAGGGGGAUGCAAACAAUGAUGUGAUAUUAGAAGGUGCAAAAGGUGAGCCUGGACCACCUGGGCCCCCUGGACCUCCGGGACCCCCGGGGCCUCCAGGCAAACGUAAAGGUAAAGCCAAAGCACAGCUUGAGGAGAGCAUCUACAGCAGCACAUGCACAGGUGAGACAUGUGCUGUACCAAAUGAUGAUACCCUGGCUGGAAAAACUGAAGAGAGAACCCCCGGUCCUUCAAAAAARCCUGAAUGUGUCAUAACAUCUGUGGGAAGUCCUGUUCACUUUGUCAGUGUACAGCAAACGUUUGGAACKUGGAUGCGGGAACCUGCAAACAUAAGUGAUGAAAGGAUUUGGCUCACCAUGCAUUUUUCAGGAAACUAUAUAAAGGAAUAUGAAAAUUCCAAUGCCUUGCUGAAUGACAGCUACAGGAUCAUCAACAUCACAGGAUUUUUCUACGGAUGUGGUCAUGCAAUACAAAACAAUCAUCUCUACUAUCAGAAGGGAGGAACCAAUGUCAUUCUGAAACUCGGGCUCGAUAAAGCCUCUCUGGGCACCCUGCUCAUCAACAAUGCCUUACACCAUGGCCGGAACUACCUCUUCUCUAACUCCAAGACGUAUUUCAACAUCGCGGUGGACGAGAAGGGUCUUUGGAUCAUUUAYGCCUCAAGCACUGACGAGAAUAUAAUGGUAGCACACGUUGAUGAGGAAACGUUUUCAGUCCUUCGGCACAUCAACACCACCUAUCCUAAGUCCAAGGCUGGUAAUGCAUUCAUWGCUUGUGGCAUUCUGUAUGUCACUGACACUAAGGACAUGACAGUAAGUUUUGCUUUUGAUUUGCUGAAAGGGAAGCCGAUUGAUGCAAGGUUUGAGUUACGUUCUUCGCAGUCUGUUCUUGCUAUGCUUUCGUACAGUCUGCGAGACAAGAAUUUGUACACAUGGGAGAAUGGGAGCUUGAUGGUAUACCCUGUACAUUUUGGCAGAUGAAUAUUUUCACAUGCCAUCUUUGACUCAAGGGUCUGUUUAAAGCUCUAUGACUUACACAUGGGGGUCUCUUCACUUGAUGUAAUUUUCGCUGAUGGUGGUUUGUGUGUAAAAAAGGGAGAUCAGGUGCCUUUGUAUAAAUACACUUCAGCUACACAGGCCCCCCUCCUCUUCUUAAAAAAAUCACUAUUAUUGCUGGCACACAACCAACUUGGUCUUGGUUUUCCCCUGUUAUUCAGCUGAUAACUGUAUGUAAUGUACAUUAAUUAUUCCAUGGUCAUUUGUUCAGCAGAGAUUUUUUUGUACAUUUCAUUUACAAUCAUCUCUGGAAUCAUCUUCUAGUCACUGAUGGUCUAACAAACAUCUAAAUAACUUUUGUGUACAAAUACCUUUGUCACUUUCACUUAAGUCAGAGACUGUCCAUUCAUAUUCAAAUUUUUGAGAUCUACAGGUGAGAAAUCAUGGUAACUUUCUGAUUUUAAUUUUGUUCUGGUAUUUCAGAUUUCUGAAUUUAACAUUGGAACAAAAAUCUCUACCCUUGUUUUAUGUACCUAGAUUCAAAAUCAUGCUUUUAGAAAACCCCUAUCUGAAUUUCCAAGCUGCCUGUGCAUAUUGCUAAAGUUCAUGGAUCGCACCCAAAUAUUUAGAAGCAAAGUGUUAUUUGAAUCCUGAACUGCACUGAGCUGUUUAAUACCUAUGUGUGCCUGCAAAACCUUGUCUAGCAAAUGUGCUGGAAGAAUUCCUCUGCUGCAGCUAAGCUCCAGUGUGUAAUCCAGGGCUGGCUGGGCUCUUCUCAGGAUACUUGCUGUUACCACUAAAGCCUUCAAUGCUAAGGAGAGAGAUGCAGAAGGGAGCAAAGAAUCAUAAUUAACAAUUUCCACUAGUAUAUACAUCAAAACUUACACACUAAC